CCAAUUACUUUCGACCACCUGGAUUAUUCCAGAAGUAUUCGAAACGCAGGAUGGACUGCUCUGAUAUUGGAUCCUAUAAUCGACGGACUACAAUUUACACAAGUCCUAAUGGAUGGCGGCAGCGAUUUAAACCUGCUAUAUCCGGACACAAUCCGCAAGUUGGGGAUAGACCCUACUAAAAUUCGCCAUAGCCGCACUUCCUUCAAAGGAGUGACGCCAGGCCCUUAUGCCAAGUCCACGGGAUCCUUACGACUAGAAGUUAUGUUCGGUUCACCCGACAACUUCCGUCGCGAAAAGCUAAUCUUCCAUGUCGCCCCAUUUAAAAGUAGCCAUCAAGCACUAUUGGGACGUGAAGCUUUUGCCCGCUUUAACGCAAUACCGCACUACGCGUCUCUUACACUUAAAAUGCCCGGUCCACGCGGCAUCAUCUCAUUACAAGGUCGCUCAAGACCCCGUACACGGCUAGGCGAGUCUAGCACAAAUAAACUAGGGGCUUCCUAUCCACACACCCCUUCACAAGGGGCUGUGCGUAUGAACAAUAAGAGCCAAUGA